AAGCAGACGCUCUCCUCCAAUCAUAUAACGCGAACAGUUACCGGUGUCGGGUCUACACGGAAGCCUGUUCCUCUUUACAGCAACGUGUAUUUUCCACCAGAAAAGGCUUGAUUCAGUUGGUGCGCGAUGGGUCGUCGCAAGUCCAAAAGAAAGCCCCCUCCUAAGAAGAAAAUGACAGGAGAUCUGGAGUCUCAGUUCACCUGUCCGUUCUGCAACCACGAGAAGUCGUGUGAUGUCAAAAUGGAGAGAAGCAGAAAUACUGGGAUAAUAUCUUGCACAGUCUGCUUGGAGGAGUUCCAGACCCCCAUCACCUAUUUGUCAGAGCCAGUUGACGUGUACAGUGACUGGAUAGAUGCCUGUGAAGCAGCCAAUCAGUAGCCCUUGUGAAGCUGGAUGUCUUUCAGGAAGAGGAUGAGAAUGUGGCUGAUGGACCUGGGCCCAUUAGGAUCAAGCUGGUCAGAGGACAUUCAUGAAACUUUAAUAGCUGACAGGCUUCCAUAUGGUCACUUGAGAUUUACAGCUAUGUGAACAGCAGUUUGACCUAUGUGGUCCUCAGGCACAAAGUGGCUCUGAAGGGUUCCUCUUGUCUUCAGGCUUCUUAUUUUUAAGGUUUCAACCCCUAAGUCUAGUUUUUACUCCUUGGAUUUAUUUAAAGAAUAUUUGCAAUAUGAUUUGAUUUAUCUUUACUCAUUGAGUGGGGCUUUCUGUUUUUAAUUUGUUUCUUAUUUUGUAUGGGUCUCAAAAAUCAUUAAGCCUCUUAAAUAGUAGCUGGAAAAGAUUAUGAAAAAAUGUGCCCUGCUCUCUGUUUUUUUGUUUUUUUUUUUGUAACCAUCGCAUAUUGUUUGAUGCAGAGAUAUAAUUUUUACAAGAGGCCUGUAGUGUAAGAGAAUGGGCUCCCAUCUUGGCUUUUUGACUUGCAAAGUGUAUGUGGGAAUAAAUAUCUUUGUUUGGACAUUAAGUUGAGGCAUGAUGUCAUGGGUGUGUCCACAGCUCUCCUCAUCCUCAUUAAGACAGUUGUAUCACAACACUUGGUCAUUCCACUGGAGAGAGGAAUGGAAAUGUGUACACUUUAUGCAUAGCUGCUAAGAUCAAAGGUUGUCAACUGUUAUUAAUUCUUCAUGUAGUUUCAAAAUGAUGUAUGCUUUUGGUUACAUGAUCAAGAAAUAAAAUUUAAUAAGUACGAA